UCCACCCCUCCUUGCCCGCCUCCGCUCUUGUUGAUUGGCUAGGAAAACCCACCAAUGGAGAGGUCAGGGAGGCGGGCCUAGAACGCGGGCUGGAAGAAGAAAAGCAAAUUUCAAGUUGGCGGCUGCGUGGGCCCGAGUGGGGGAGGGACGGCAGGUUUUUCUCACUGGAUCUCUGCGUAUCCAGGCCCCCUCCACCAUGGCCAGCCGGGGUGGGGGCCGGGGUCGUGGCCGAGGCCAGUUGACCUUCAACAUGGAGGCUGUAGGCAUUGGGAAGGGUGACGCUUUGCCUCCACCCACUCUGCAGCCCUCUCCACUCUUCCCUCCCUUGGAGUUCCACCCGGUGCCUCUGCCCGCAGGAGAGGAAGGGGAGUAUGUCCUGGCGCUGAAGCAAGAGCUGCGUGGGGCCAUGAGGCAGCUCCCCUACUUCAUCCGGCCAGCUGUCCCCAAGAGAGAUGUGGAACGUUACUCAGACAAGUAUCAGAUGUCUGGGCCGAUUGACAACGCCAUCGAUUGGAACCCUGAUUGGCGACGACUACCCAGCGAGCUCAAGAUUCGAGUGCGGAAAGUCCAGAAGGAGCGGACCACCAUUAUCCUUCCCAAGAGGCCCCCUAAGAGCACAGAGGAUAAGGAGGAGACGAUCCAGAAACUAGAGACUCUAGAGAAGAAGGAGGAGGAAGUGACUUCAGAGGAAGAUGAAGAGAAAGAAGAGGAAGAGGAGAAGGAAGAGGGGGAGGAAGAGGAGUACGAUGAAGAGGAGCAUGAGGAGGAGACUGAUUACAUCAUGUCAUAUUUUGACAAUGGAGAGGACUUUGGAGCCCUCCCGUGUGGACACAUUGAGGAACGCCUGUGCAGUGCUGUCUGAAGGCAUUGCUGAGGAAAGCACAGGCUCUCCCACGGACUACCCCAGCCCUCGGCCCCCAGCAGCAUGAGGACGUGAGCCUGCUCCAUGUUCACCAGGGCGCCAGCCCUCUCCUCUCUCACACUUGACCUUGAUCGCGUCCUUAUUUACAAAGAGUGAUUGCAGCUAUUUUUGUGCAGAGAGUCAAGAAGGCUAGGGGCCCGGAGAGAGGAGUGACUCACUGCUUUCAGCUUACGCGGUUCUCCUCCAGGAGCUGGAGAGCCCACACUGAAAGGCAUAUUUAGGGAACUCCCUAAAUAUACAGUUCUUUACUGACA